AUGUCCGUCCCAGCAGCCUCCACCACCGCCUCUGAGCUCCAUUCCUCCCUCAGCGACCUCUCGCUCAGCACCAAAGCCGCCAUCAAGGACAUUCCCCGCCCCAUCCCCAAGAAGAAGGCCCCCGUCAUCGCCGACUCCUGGGAAGAUGAGGCCGAUACCGUCUCCUCCUCUGACGAGCUAGCCUCCUCCUCCAACAACCCGGACACCGCCCUCUCGCCCUCCGUCACCGCCGAAGGCCCCCUCGACCCGCCGCCCACCCCCAUCUCCCCUCAGACCUCGAAUCCCUGGCCCGCCACGCCGGCCUAUACAAACUCCGGCUCGACCUCGCGCGCGUCCGACUCUCGCUCGCCCACCCCCUCCCGCAGACCCGAGAAGCAGACCGCCGUCGCUGGCAGGAUGAUCGCCGGGGCGCUGGGCCUGCGCGCCCCCAAGCGUACGGAGGAACAGCGCGCGUACGACCGCGCCGUCAAGGAGCAGGAGAUUAAGCGGCGGAAUCGCGAGCGUGAGGAGGCGGCUAAGGCUAAGGAGGCGGAGGAGCAGGCCAAGGCGGCGGUUUGGGAUGAGUGA